GGCCACCUGAACACUUGACCCUCACGCCUCCCCAUACACUCUGAAUACCCUUGGGUACUCUCGGCCCUCUCCCUCCUUACCGUUGUCGCUCCGUCCCUCAACUUCGUAAACAAUGACGAUUUACAAUCUCUACAUCUUCGACCGGCACUGCCGCUGCGUCUUCUUCGCCCCCUGGACAAAAACACCCGUAUCACAAAACCCACCAUCAUCACAAUCCCAACCAUCGGUAACGCCGUCGGAGACGAAACCACAGUCGAUGAAGGAUACGUUGGGCGCGACGGGGAUGAGUCUAGAGGAGGAGGCGAAACUGGUGUACGGGGUUGUGUUUUCAUUGAAGAAUUUGGUGAAUCGGUUGAGCGCGAAGGCUGGCUCGGAAGGCUUCCUCUCCUACCGCACCAGCACCUAUAAACUGCACUACUUCGAAACCCCCACGGGCCUCAAAUUCGUUCUCAACACCGACCCGACGCUCGACUCUGCCGCAAUGAAGGAAACCCUCCGCACGAUCUAUGCCCAGAUCUACGUCGAGUAUGUUACGCGUAACCCGCUCGCGGAGGCGUUGAGGGCGCAGGGGGUUGAGCCGGUGCAGAGUGAGCUUUUCAAGGGGCAUUUGGGACGGUUUAUUCGGAGUGUGCCGGGAUUUGAGUGAUGGGCAUCGAGAGAGGGUGUACAUACUUUUUGGGACGUGAAUAUAUUACCUCUAUGUAUGUAUGUAUUGAAUGUAUGUAUCAUUAUGUGAUAUG